AUGCAUGUGCCUUCUCCUUCGCACAAAGUAACCAAGCACACGUCUAUACGAUGCACGUGCCUUCUCCUUCGCACAAAGUACCCAAGCACACGUCCAUACGAUGCAUGUGCCUUCUACUUCGCACAAAGUACCCUGAGACAUACAUGUCACAUCCCUACACUUGAGAACAUCCCUACAUUGGAGACCAUCCCUACACUUGAGAACAUCCCUACACUUGAGAACAUCCUUACACUUGAGUACAUCCCUACACUUGAGAACAUCCCUACACUUGAGAACAUCCCUACACUUGAGAACAUCCCUACACUUGAGAACAUCCCUACACUUGAGAACAUCCCUACAUUUGAGAACAUCCCCUCAAUCGGUCGUCUGUCGGAUCUCUUGGCGGAGCAUCUCGAUGUGCUGCACUAUGUGAACGACAUCUUCGAAACACCCGGAAUUGAUGAGAUGUGUUUUAAACUGGCCAACCGCCUGUUAGACAACAUGCUGGUGCCGCUCUAUGUGUACAGCUUAAAGUCUGAGACCAACGCUAUGGUUGCGGGAGAGCCGGCGCCUCGCAUCUCCAUGGUGACGUCCAUGAUCUUGCUUGCCCACGUGUUCAGUGUCUUCCGCCACUCAUACCUACUUAAUGGGCUGGCCGCUGAGUUGCUCAAGGUGUCUGGAGUGGAAGAGUUGCGUCGCACACUGUCCCUCAGCCGAACUCCGUCGCAGCACACAGUGGGCAAAGGCGUUGACAGCGGCGCAGACAGUGGAACAGAGAACGAACGAUCCACCAGUGACCUAGCAACAGUAACCGAAGGCGCACCUCUGAGCAAUGCAGAUAAGGGGAGGCGGGAAGAGGGGUGUGCAGACACGCAUAGAGACGACACGCCAACAAGUGGUGGGGGUACUACGGGAAAGGGAGAGGAUAGGGCGGGCGAGAAGAGGGAGGAGACAGCGAUUGAGGCCCAUGAGCGUAGUAGCCUGGACACAGACACGGCUGAAGCACACAACGACCGUACGCCCACGCCCACGCACACGCACACGCACACGCACACGCACACGCACACGCACACGGCACUCACUGACGACGGGGUAGAGGCCAGGGAGACGAGCAAAGAAGCAAACACGCACACAGCAGAUGAUGUAAUGCCAAACGAAAACAACACACACACACCAAGUGAUGCCCAGAUAUCAACAAACAACUUAGCAACACACGUCACAGCUGUCCUGGGGGGAGUGACUGUGGAUUCGCCCUCAGGAGACGGUACAGUCAGACCAAUCACUACCAAUUCCAACGGCUACAACACACCACAGAACACCCGCAGAGGCCCACCCCCCGCCCUCAACAGUCCCUUCAAACACGCAACGGUGCUGUCCGCUCCUUCGUCACCCGCAUUGGCCUCAGGGAUGGGCACUCCAGACGCCAUGUCAUACCGAACACCCGACACGGCUAAGAGUCGCCUGAGAAGAUUCGGUCCGCCAGAAAAGAUCAUUGACAGUCCCGUGGUAUCGAUGGAACGUUUAAACGUUAACAGUCGCCCCACCAGUGCAAAGGAUCGCAGCAGCCGCAUGGCCUUCUCAAAGGGGUUCGCACAUGAGGACGCGGAGGGUCUAGAGGUUACCAUGACAACCACAGCCAAUGUGAGCGAUCCGACUACGCUGUCACUGAGUAGGAAGACGUCCAUGACCGUGACAGGGAACGAGCGAUUAUACCGAGACGCAGUACUGCGAGCUAUAGACUGCGAAAAGGACGAAACCGUGACGCUGAGUGCGCUAUGUUUUGUGUACAGCAUCAUCUCGUCGCCAUUGGUGGAAAGCAACAUACUGACGGCCGCCCGAUGGCUGCCCAAGAAGCGAGCAAUCGCUGAGGAAGGAAUCGCUGCAGAGACGGAAGAACCCACUACAGAGUCUAGCACGGCGAGACGAGAUUCCUCAUCACCCACAGUCGGCGAUGGAGUGUCGGAGGAAGCAGAGAUGCGAUUACCACGCUUGCCAUCGUCCCCGUCGUUUAGUCAAAGCAUGUUCACAUUGUCGACGAUAUCAUACAGCGCGGAGUUGGUUGAGAGAGCCAUCGCAGUACUCCGGGAAGGGUGUAAGAUAAACAGUGAGGUGCGCCAAGUGACCAUCCAUGUGGCUGCCAAGGUCAUCCGCGAGUUGUGCUACUUCGAAGGCACUGACGCCUGUCUCAGGGCGAGGCAUAUUCAGAAGCUGAAGUCGGCGCACGAGACCGCACAGAGUCAAGUGGCCACGCUGUACCGCACCCACGCGAGUGCCAUGAUCCUGCCAAUGGUUGAGGCUGAGUAUCAACAGAAGGAGCUGCGCAUGCAGACGGUGCUCAUGCAACCCCACAUACUACUGCCGGCUACCAACACACCCAUGACAGGCAUUCACCUCAACUACCGCAUACCCAACGGAGAGGUCGAGCGGUGUCGCAAGGCCGUCCACAGCUUCCUGCUCAUCCGUAAACUCUACUUACAAUUGAUUCGCACGGCUGAGGAUAUGUUGCCUUUACUCGCAGAAGUUAAUGAGCAAGAGCUUCUCAAUCAACAGUUAGAUCUGAACGACGCAGACCUGAUGUCGUGUCGAGUGAUUCAGUCAGAUAAGCCUUUGGGCGCGCACAGAUUUCUCGUCAUCGACCCUGAGCGCUUGAUAUUUGUAGAGCCUGACAAGAAACAAUUGGGCUGGGGGGUGGUUAAGGUGGCCAGUGACUUGCAGCACGUGGACAUCACACCCGACAGUGGCAACCAUAGAGUGCUACACGUGGUGAUUCAAUCACCUCCGCGAGGGUAUGCUCCUGGCACGAAGAAUGUUCUGAGGGUUGUCUUUGAGGAUCAUCUCAGGGCGGCGGCUGCCUCGCAACAUCUGCAGCAGGCCAACACCGAAUUGCAACAGCUCAAACGAAAACGCCUCGAAACCCUUCUGGGAUUGUAUCCCGAAGACCACUGAGAAAUAAAAAUAUAGUCAAAACACA